UGCUAACGGUGGAGGUCACCGAGUUUACGACAGUCAAAUCUUUGAAAACGUGUGUGUGUUGAAAAGUGUGUUUGACAUUAACUAGGGGGGUAACAGAGUUUGGCUUAGCUAACUUCAAAGCUCUCAUGUUUGUUUUUUUUUGUUCAUAUUCUUGUAAAUAGUUUAUUUUUCUCAAAUUAUUCUCAUAGUGUUACGUUAUUUUGCUUUUGAUUGUAACAUCAGGGAAAUCUUUUUUUUUCCUUUUACUUUUAUUAGUCAAACAUGAUUGAUAGGGACUCUCAGUUCCAGCUGUAGCGAUCUAGAUCUAUAUAGAUUUAUCUCAAUUCAAGUCUACUAUACUAAUACUAUACAGUACUUCUAUAAUCUUACUCUACCUCCUUUAGUUCAUUAAUGGACUAUUUUCAGAGUGUCUCAUGUCUAUCAGAUGUGUUGUCUACAGUUACAUUUAGAUCUAGAUUCAAGGUCUGGUAUAGUUUUUAAAACAGCACAGUGUGUGGAUUAAAUCUUUAGUUUUUGGUUUUACACUAGACUAAUGAAGAUUCUAUAUAGAUCUAGAUCUUGGCCAAACAAGUUUUUUUGUGUGGUUUGUUCAUUACAAAUGGAUAUUGAUUGAAUAUAAACAAGGUAGAAAGUGAAACAUAUGAUUGGGAUUUAACGACAACAGGCAGGAGGUAACGAGGUCAACAUGGACUCUCCGCCCCAGACCCCGGCCACGGAUCCUCCUCAUGACGGGCAGCUCCAUUUCUCUCCAGUUGAGAUUCCCAUCAUUUUAUUCACAGUCUGGGCCAUUGUGGCCAACUCGGUCUUGAUCCUGGCCAUACUUCGGAAUGAACACAGGAGACAGGUGAGCUUCAACCUGCAUGUUUGUAACUUGAGUUCAGUCGGAUUGCUCCUGGGCUGCUUCGUUCUUCCUCUGCUCAUUGACUUUAACUUGAAAAACUUUUGGUCCUACGAUGACAACCUUUGCCGUAUCUGGCUCAUGGCAGACCUCCUCGUGUGUACCGUGUCUGUCCUGGUUGUCUUGGCCAUGGUCUUUGAUAGGUUCGUCCUUUUCUCCUGCCCAGGUUCCGCUGAAGGAACUUGCAAGUACGUGCUGUCGGCACUGCUGAUCAUCCUUCCCUGGGUACUGGGCACUGCCAUUGUGCUUCCCAUCUAUCUGUUCGGUGAGACUGGAGAUGGUGUUAAAGAAGGAGUCUGCUACCUUCAUUAUGAACCACCUUUCCCGAUCGUGUCUGAGCUGGCAGGAUUCAUUGUUCCUGGACUGGCCACGUUUGGACUGCUGGUGGCGACAACUCUGACCUUUUGGCUCAAACGACAAGAGCUUCGAGAAAUGGAUUUUAGCGAAGAGAGAGAGCAUAAAGGUUGGCAGGUGUUAAUGUUGUGGAUACUAACUGUAGCUGUGUUAGGACUGUGGAGUCCAUUUGCUGCGCUUAGGAUGGCCAACUUUUUCCUGGACCAAACCUUAGAGAGCUGGAUCACUUUUGCUAUUUGGUUUGGUUACGCUAGUUCAGGUGUAAAUCCCAUAUUAUGGAUGAUAAUGCCAAGACUAAGACAGAGUGUGAAAGCUUUGCUCUGUUGCUGUUCUAGAAAACACAGAUAUGAUGAGGAUGACUCUGUCUUUGGAGAUGAGACAAGUACAGCCAUGAUGGAAGGAUAUGCAAAGUCUUGAGAAGAGUGGAACAAGUUUAAAAAUAUGUGUGUUCACAAAACUGAAUAACUUUGUUACACCUUUGUAAAUAUUUUAUUUGCAGCUUUAUUAUGAUCCAUGUUAAGCCAAACUCUACAGUAAAUGUUAUCAGUUGUCAAAUUAUUUCCCAAUUUUUUACUUACAUUGUUUUUGUGAUGUUAUAAAUUUGGAAUAGUCUCUGAAUUACUUUUUACAAACUUUUAUUAUCAAACCAGAUAUUAGUACAUUUUUGUUUACAAAUCCCUAAGGAGGAGAUAUUUUUGUGUGGAAUAUAUGUCUCUCACUUUUAUCAUGUUACUAGAAAAUAAUCAAGAAUGAUCAAUGAAGAAAGAAAAUAGUAUCCCUAUUUUUGAAUCUAGUUGAUUGCACAGACUGCUGAUCUGAAGACAAGAGACAGGUAUAAUUACACAGUUAUUUAAACCUUGACUUGGGAACCAUGAGCCCACCGUGUUUAAAAUAAUUAGUGUUAAUCAUCUGAUGUUAAAUGGUUUGUCAUUGUUCUGCUCACACAGACACCAUACAGAAACAUGAAUUCUAAUAAAGCCGCCCUAAAGACCUUUAAAGUUUUUCUACUGAAACUCCACAUUUGAAAUCUUUUUUUUUUUCUCUUUCGUUAAGCCAGGACACCUUCCUCUAGUCCCUGAUCAUCUACAAAAGUAACCAAGGAAUGAACUUGUCAUACUGGAGGAGACAUUCUUUCCUCUGUAGCAAACAAACUAAAUGAUCAAAUGUCUGAGCUAACAGCUUUCAUUAACUCUUUCAGUGUGAAGUUACUCUCAGUGAGUAACUGGUGGAGACUAGUUUUCUAUUAAAAUAAAAUCAAAUGUUAAAUUAUAUAAUAAAAUAAAAAAGCUAUAAUAGUUUUAGUAACUCUAACCACCCAGAAGAUUUUUGUUUAGGAAAACCCAAUUGUUUUGAUCAAAAUAAUUCACACUGAAAGAGUUAACUCUAGUAUAAAUAACAUUCAAUCUGUUGUGCACUUUCAAUCUAUUGAAUUGUCAUUUGAACAUAUUGAAUUUGCCAGUAAAUUAGUGACAAAAGUUAUUCCAAAAAACAGGAUUGAUAGUAUUGCAGUAUAUUUUAGCUAACCAUGUAUAUUUAAAUAAUUUUAAGCCCUGUUGUUAUACUUAGGAAAAUUAUGUUUCUUUCAUUGUUAGUCGGUGGUCUCCUCAUUGUUAACUUUUUAAACGAGUUCUUUUUUAUUUUAAAUGGGAUAUUGGUCUGGACAUUAAAAUAAAGUGUUGCUCUUAAUUCUACUACUGCCAGUCUGUCUAGGAAAUUUAUCUGCACAUUUAGUUUAAUGUUAUUCAACUUUGGAAGAAUAAUUUCUCACACACACACACAAAAUCCUCAUAAUACUCAUCAAAUCAUCUGACUUUUGAUAUUCAAUAACUCUUUAAGAUAUUUUCUGUUCUCACACCUCUCAGAAAUAAACAAUCAAAACUCCCCUGCAAGAGAUUGUUUUUGUUAUAAAUGCUAAUACAUAUUAUGAAAUGUUAAGAGAUUUUUUUGAUUAGCACAACUUAGUAAUGAUUAAAUGCAUUUUCUUGACAGAUGUUUGUAUCAGCAUCUGCCUCAUCAGCAUUAUCUUUAUAGCAAAGAUUCUAUUGAUAUGAUGAAGGCCUAUGGAAUUAUAUGAUUAUAGAAGUGGGAGAUAUGUUAUAUUGAGUAAUAUUUUUUUCCAUAAUAUAAUUUAAAUUAUUUGAAAUAUAAGAGAAAGAAUAAAAUCCAGGUAAAAUAAGAAUGUGAUUUUACAAUUAAUUAAUUACUUGAUUAUUCAGUUAGUAAUUUCAUUUUUUUUCAAUAUCUGCAUCAAAAAACCCAUUUCUAAGUUAUUUCUAACAAAUUUGUAUUUUUAAAAUUUGAAGUUUCAACUAGUUAUGAAUGUAUCAAGAAAUCAAGCUUUUUUUUUUUUUUAAAAAAAAAAAAAAAAAAAAGAAACACAUUA